AUGUAUGUUGUUUUCUUGGCUAAAGUAGUUCCACUUCAUUUGAACUUGUUUUUCAUAAAGCAUUGGACAUUGGCCUGUCAUAUGCUUGUUGAUUUCUGUAUUGAUAUUCUUAAUCAAAAUAAGGUGGAAGCUCAAACUGUCAUGUUUCAUAUUGGGUAUAAGUACUUGCAAGUUGGCUGGAAGUUUGUGUCCAUUAACCAUCAUGUCUUCAGAGGUAUAUGGACUGUGAAAGCUGUGGCGAGAUUGUCAAGGACGUCCUUUGAGCCUUAUGAUAAAAUGUGUCAUUAUUUAUCACAUGAUUUCUUCGGGUUCUAUUUGCAGAAUCUGCAAUUGGAUCAGCAAUUGGAGCACCAGAAUCUGCAAUUUGCUGUUGCUGUUGUUCUUUCAUGUGGGAGUAUAUGGACUGUGAAAGCUGUGACAAGAUUAUCUUAUCAUGGACAUCCUUUGAGCCUUAAGAUAAAACAGCUGUAUGUUGUUUUCUUGGCUAAAGUAGUUCCACUUUGUUUGAACUUGUUUUUCAUAAAGCAUUGGACAUUGGCCUGUUAUAUGUUUCCUGAUUUCUGUAUUGAUAUUCUAAAUCAAAAUAAGGUAGAAGCUCAAACUGUCAUGUUUCAUAUUGGGUAUAAGUACUUGCAAAUUGGCUGGAAGUUUGUGUCCAUUAACCAUCAUGUGUUUAGAGGUCCGGCUAUAGUUGGAGUUCUCCAGGAAUGUGAAUAUGAAGCAUACGAAGUUCUAAAUUACAUCUUACUUCUUAGGGAGGUUGAGGAGUUUUGGACAAACAUGGUUUGGCAUUCUAUUGUUUGGGGCAAGCCGAUUUCUAGGUGUAUGGAGCAGUUUGCAAUUCUUGAUUACAAUGGAUAA